UUCGUAUUCGGCUGUCGUGCGUGCCGCGUCUUGCCGGCCUCCGAGCUGAAGCCCUCGGCUCUCUUACACCUCCCGUCGAUCCCCGCGAUCCACGAGCGUUCCACACACACACACGAAAGUAUCUUACUCGGGAUCGCUUUAGCCGCGCACUACUGCACCGUCAUCGAUCGCGCCGCCGGGCGAAACGGAGUUCGCGCCGUUCGCGAGUGAUUGCGCGGGAUGUUCGCGAAGAAAUACGCGGCGCUCGGUGCGAGGCCCGCGCGGCGGCAGUGCGUCUUCCAGUGUCUUACACGGCGCUUCGUGUCGCUCGAAUAGAGAACGCGUUCGGACACCGCGCGUCGGCGGCGGCCCAGGAGAGUUUUUGAAGACGGCGAAGAAGGUGGCACGGUUCCAGCCGGAACGCGUCGGCCACGGAAUGCAUAGCCGCCUCUUCUGCGCUGUAAGAGGCAUUCGGGACAGUGUGUCAAGGCCGAGGAUCCCUCGCCGCGGCGUUGCGAUUCGGCCCGGACUUGCUUCUCCCGCGAUCUAACGGAACGGCGGCCUUGGGGAGGGUCCGCCGCCCCUGGAUUUAACCCCUCGCGAACCCCGAGAGCGCUCGCUUUGAUCCGCGACGCCCCGGAUCGAUACCGGCGCGUCGGCGGCGUGCGUCGUCCUGUGCGUUGUUGUCCCUUUCAUGUGUUUCCGGCUGCGGCGGCACCGAGCGGCGAUCUAGAGCACGGUGUCAAGGUCGGGAUUCCGGCGAGCGUGCACAAGCGAGCAAGCAGUCCGUUGCGGCGGAGGACGCCGGCUGGAAGGGAGAAGAAGACGAUCGUCGGCCGCGCGCGCCAGGAAACGGGAGGAUCCGUUGCCGCGCGGCGAUCGAGCUGCACCCUCGAUCGGACCUGAUUUCCGAGGGAGGAGAAAGGGUGGUAGUCUCGAGUGUUCCUCGCCGCGGCGGGAGAGCGCGGGGUGGCUCGUUUAAUCCGGCAUCGGACGGAGGAUAUCUGACGGGACAAUAAUCGGCAGACCGCGGCGUCAUCGUCGAGAAACCGAGCCGCCGUUUUAUUCGUCUUACUUUGCGCUUCGCCUCUUCCCCCCUCCUCCACCGCCUCCUCCUCCUCUACCGCCGCCGCCGCCUCCCUCGCGCCCCUCUCCGCCAUCCGCCGCGCCGCUCCGCGCCGUGCCCCCUCUCCCUCCUGCUCCGCCGCGGAGCCGCCGCGGUCCCGGUUUUUGCCGAAUGUUUGCUCGCGUCGCUCGCCGGCGCGGAGAUAGAGAGAGCUUUUUAUCAUCCGUGCCGCGGAGAAACGGAGCAGCGAUCGAACGAGCGAGAUUAACCGGGCGACCUGGCUAAUUUUAAUUCGCGCAACAAACAAGCAGCGGCGAGAGGCUGUCGCGCGAUAACGGGGAGAGAGCCGGCGGACAACACCGCGCCGCUCGCCGAGCGUCGCCCGUUCUCCAAUAUGGCGAACGACGCCGAGGAGGAGCCUCGUUCCUCGAGCGUUUCCGCGACGAUUUGAACGACGCCGCGAAACAGUGAAAUCAUCGUCGGCGCCGCGGGUUCCCGCGCCGCGCUUCUUCUUCUUCUUCUUCUUCCGAUCGUCGCCGCGGACUGAGAGGAGAUCGCGCGUUCGGCCCGCGUUACGGACCACGUGUGUUGUUGGUGAGUUCGGUGCGACGGAAUUUCACGGAUCCACGGCGUAAUGAGCGGCGACCAUGCUCGUCCGUCGUUCACCCGGCUGCUUUUCGAACAUCCGGAACUGAAGGUUCGGCGCCGGUUCGCGGACCAUUGACACGGAUUUUGUGGUGACACGGUGUGAUCAUCGAGUUGUUUUUCUUGUUAUCGUCGUCGUCGUCGUCGUUAUUAUUAUUGUUGUUGUUGUUGUUGCUGUUCUUGUUGUUCUUGUUGUUGUUCGUGUUGACCGUGUUGAUGUUGUCGGCGGAAACGACUGGAAAAUGUGGAUGAAACAGCCGGAACAAGUGUACCUGCCGCCCCAGCAUCCGCAACAGCAGACGAUGCACCCGGGGAUGGCCGGAGCGGACGAAAGGUCGCAUCAGCAUCAUCAUCAUCACCAUACACAUCAUCAUCGAACCGCCGCCAUGGAUCUGCCGGUUCCAAGCAAUCCAAGGGCGGCGCGGAACAUGGCGGAAAAACAACGCCGCGACAAUCACAACACAAACAUUACAGCAAUGGGGAAGCUCGUACCUGCUGUCGCCGAGAGUCCGAGGAAGAUGGACAAAAUCUCCAUCCUGAGGCUGGCUACAGCUUUCCUCAGGUCGAACUAUACGCUCGGACGCGGCACAAUAGACUUUCUACCCCGUGAACUCGGUUGUCUGGACUUGGAAAAAUAUAUCGUCGACAACUUGAUCGAAAGCGGGGGCUUCUUUAUCGUGGUCACGACGACAGGGAAAAUCGUUUACGUCAGCCGGCAAGUCCAGGAACACCUUGGCCACACUCAGGGUGAUCUUCUCGGCUACUCCCUAUACGAUUUCAUUCACCCGAGGGACCGCGAGGAGCUCACGAAAAACCUGAAGGUGGAGGACCUCCAAGGGGUGGCCGGCUCGUCGUCGUCGUCGCUGCCGCAGCUUUCGAAUGCGGCGAACGAGAACUCGACGUCGUCGGAGGACUCGUCCACGCUGAGACACGAGAGGAAUCCUUUCCGCGAGCAGCGCCGGAUAUUCGAGCUGAGAAUGUUGCACCGGACAGCGUCACGCAGGGAGCACACGCAGUACGAAUGGUUCGAGCUCUCGGGGAUGCUGAAGCUGGCCGAGAGCUGCCGGAACCCCGAGUCCCAGGCGAAUCGGGCGAGACAUCGAGAUAUCGGCUCAACGAGCAACGAUAUUAUCUUCGUGGGAGUAGCGCGGCUAUUAAUGAAGCGAUCGAUCACAGGGAUAUCGAUCAUAGAUGCGAACAAGGACGAAUACCUCACCCGGCAUUUGGUCGACGGCAGAAUACUUUACUGCGACCAUAGGGUGUCCGUGGUGGCCGGCUACUUGGCUGAGGAAGUCUCCGGCUUGAGCGCCUUCAACUUCAUGCACAAAGACGAUCUCUGGUGGGCCAUGAUCGCGCUUCGCCAAAUGUACGUUCGUGCAGAAACGUGCGGAUCGUCGUGUUACAGACUACUGUCGAAAACAGGAGAAUUUAUUUAUUUGCGUAGUCACGGGUACUUAGAGCUGGACGAGAACACCCAAACUGUUGUGUCUUUCGUGUGCAUAAACACACUAGUAUCGGAGGAAGAAGGAAUGCAACUGGUGCAACAAAUGAAGAAACGAUUCUCAGCGACGAUAACCGAAUCCACGUGGGAAAUGAUCCAAAACCAGGAUGACGCCGCGCUUGACAUGGGUUCAGACUCCCAGCAGAGCUCAAAAAGUAGUGUAGGAGAUCCCACGGUGGUUGAAGACGCCAUUGCACACCUGGUCAGCGCCUUGUCGUCCUCCGUUUCCGAAAUUCGUCUAUCAAAGUCUCCUGUUCCCGACGAACAAUACGUGAAGGCUGCUAUAGUCUCGAAGAACUUACCACCGGUUGCUGCGCAAGCGAGCAAAAUUGGCAUUAAGUCGAUAGAUCAUCGCUUGAUGGUGCAAGGAACAGAAGGUCGUAGCCCUAAACAAGAACCAAAGGCGAGUAAUCAGUUGAUUCCGCUGAACGAGUCGCAAGAUAGUCCUAGGUCGUCAGGAAAAUCGAUGGCGAUCAAAAUCAAAGAAGAAGACACGAUACCUGAAGAAGUUACCAGCAUUAUUGCAACAAAUGAUUCGCCCGUGGAUCAAUGUAUAAACCUUCCGCAUAAUCCUGGAACAUCUCACUUGGACAUUACCCCAAGAAGGUACAUUCCUCCAGUCGAGGAUAUUGCAAUUUCCGACACGAAGUCGAGUCAAUACCCCACCAAAAGGAGGCACAGCGACGAAAACGAUAGGAUAACUUCCAACAAGAAAAGAGCUCCGUAUUUUGAUCAGAAAUUGUUUGUUAAGGAAGACUAUGAAGAUUUAGAUUCGUUGAAUGACCUCAUGGGGGGUAACUAUUCAUGUUACGACGAUGACAAGUUUCCCGACCAAGACCGUAUAUUAAAGAUGAUCUUUGGAGGUGACGUUCAUUCUAAUGGUACGACGGUGCCUCAAAUACCAGAGACUGUACUCUGUGACAAUUUAAGAAGGCAGCAGCACCAGUUGACUGAGAAUAUAGCGUUGCAAGAUUCUCAGUUAAAUGUUAUAACGCAAAACAUUUCGAACUCCGCAAAGAUAAAGAGUUUGAAAUCGUUAAAGGCAGAGCACAAUAUACAAAAACGAGACCUUAAAUCGCUAAAGCAAGAUCUCCAUAAUCAUAUCGCGAUAUCACGCAGCCACAACAACAUCGGUGUUUAGAGAGAUAUUCAGGAAUCUGCCAAAUACCAGAGAAACAAGUGUAACAGAAGAGAAAAGGGAAGGAACCGAGGUCGAAGCUGUCAGAGUGAAAUUGUAUGUUGAUUGUUCCAGUGAAGUCUAUUGUAACUCAUUCCUCUUUGUGACACCAGUGAUAAUAUGGUAAAUGAAGAAAUGACUACUAGUUACACAUCGACAAUCGGCAACAGCCUGACGGUGUUGGCUCGUAUCGCCCUGUUACUCACCGUAGAAGAGAUAAUUGUUUAUCUACGAUUACGCAAAAAAAGGCUACGCGUCGGUUAUGAAAAUUUCAAACUCUUCGCACCGGCAAGAAUACAUAGGAACAGUGCCGUGAGCAACAAAGCAUGAUCGAAAUAAUCGGCGUACGAACUUUCUGCUGUGUACAAGUACGACGAGUUUGUACGAACGAAUUGUGGACCUUGUACCUAACCUGAUUUUUGGCGCAGAGACACGAACGAUCAUACAUAUAUAUAUAUAUAUCUCGGUAACUAUUUCCACGAAAUGCAGACGUGAAUCGUAUUAUAAAUGAGGGUCGCGUGCGUUUUACGUACUUGCAGGUCCAAUGUUGCGCAAUUUUUAAAGUUUAUGAUAGCUAAUUUGUAGAUAGUGCGGAGUCGAUUUAAAAAUGGCCGCGCUGCUCGUCGUCUAGACUUCAACACUGUUUUAUCCGGUCGUUACAAGGCCGAAAUCACGAACUAUUUCGAUGUCGGAUAAAUCACGGUAUAUCAGCACAUAUAUAUCGGAUGGAUACAGCAUCAGUUUUAUUUGCGCAUCCUGUUGGGUCACCGGAUGCCAAUUAACACGAGAGAAAAAAUAUAAUAAUGUCGUGAAAGAAAAUUCAAUUUGAAUCUUACUGGUAAGAGCAAAUUGGCAGUACAAAAUUUAUCGCGAAUGAAUGAAAGAAGAGAUGUUUACGAAAAAGAAAAGAAAGAAACGGGGUCGUACUAUACAUAAAAAGAAAUAUUAGAUACAUAUGAACGUAUCUAGAUUUUAUUACUGUUACACGAGUACGGUAACAAUGAAAUUGUAAAUUGUCUCGAGUCUCAAGUAUAUCACCAUUUUCUUUUUCUUUAAAAGAAAAAAAAAAAAGAAAUUCGAUCCUAAAUCGUGUGGACUGCUAAUCCUUUUUAAAUGUAUCUAUGUAUGCACUAUUUGUAACAUAUGCAUGCACUUUCGAGCAUUUUACAUAUUAAUUUGUUAUUUUUACAAAUUUUUUUUACUUUUUUUUUGUCGAGGUAUAACUAACGUAAAUGAAACUAUCGACCUGUUUUAACGGGCGGGAUCGACGCCCGUCGGUCUCCGUACAAGAAUUGCAUAAACGAAUAUUAUAUUUCAUGUUUACAACCGUUCUGUUAUUGCGAAUUUUUAGACUUUACUGGCCUCGUUAUCCACCCAAUAUUAUGUUACUUUAUAUUACUUUAUUUAAUUACAGCUAAGCUUUAGUGUCUAUUGAUCAGUGUAGAAUAAUUUCCGCGGUUAUCCGAUGCAUAAUUAAAAAUAAAUGGCCACGGGUAGAUCAUGCUCUGAGCUAUAAGUUGACAAGAAGAAAAAAAAAAGGAAAAGAAAA